UUGUAUAAAAUAUUGAAUUAAAAUAAUUAAUUCGUACAUUACCAAAUAAUGGUCCUUUCCCACUAUAUAUAACUUCACCUCUCCCUUUCAAUUUCAUUCCAAGCAUAACAAACCUCUCCAAAAAUAAUUUAAAAUUUUUUAUUUUUCGCCGUCGGUCCAAUUUUUGUAACAAAAAAAAAAGUCGUCCAAAUUACCCUACAAUGUUGAAUAUAUCUCCAAGGAAAUUAAGGUCGGAUCUUUAUUCACACCACGAUGAACCCGAUAUGCCCUUAGUGGUAUCAGUCUUAGCGGCCUUGAUAGAGCGACACAUGGCGAGGAACGAGAGGGUAUCUCAUAAUUCUAGACGGGUACUAGUGUCAAAAGACGCUAGAACCCGUGUGUUCGAUGCCCUUGAAGCACCGGAUAUGACAAUUCAAUCGUUCUUGGAACGGAUAUUCCGUUACACUAAGGCCGGACCCUCCGUUUACGUGGUUGCCUACGUGUACAUUGAUAGAUUAUGUCAAAAUUACCCCGAUUUCAAAAUUAGUCCUAGCAAUGUCCAUAGACUUCUCAUUACAACCAUCAUGGUAUCAUCCAAAUACGUCGAGGACAUGAAUUACAGAAAUUCAUAUUUUGCAAGAGUAGGAGGAUUGACAACCAAAGAAAUGAACAAAUUAGAGGUUGAUUUUCUAUUUUUAAUGGGGUUUAAAUUACAUGUAAAUGUGAGUGUUUUUGAGAGUUAUUGCUGUCAUUUGGAAAGAGAAGUUAGCAUUGGAGGAGGAUAUCACAUUGAAAGAGCAUUAAGAUGUGCUGAAGAAAUCAAAUUGAGCCAAUGUGUUGAUAAAAGAUAUGGUCAAAUUGCUCGUAUAACUUUAUAACCCAAGAUCAUAAAUAUUAUGAAAUGUAUAGUUUUUGUAUAUUCUUUGUAAUUUGUCUGAAUAUAGUAGAGUAUUUUCUACAUUUGCUUGAAGAAUUGGAUGCUAAGAUCACUCCUAGUAAAACAUAUGGAGUACAAUGGAACAGGGCUCAAUGAUGUUACGCGAUCGAUUUAAUUACCCUUUUUAAAUUGAUGGUAAGAUGCGAUUGGAUUCUUCACGGGUCAACUCAAUCCGAAUUUAAUGUUGAAAGCUUUGAAGGAGGGGGGAAUAAAGAAAUUUCACGCCCUCGAGAACCUUUCUAUACAUACAAGGGUUGUAUUAAUUGGAUAAUUUGUACUUUUUUAUGAGGCAUAAAGUAGUAAGGUUUGAAAGUCAUGAGUCAAUUCAACUCAACUUUUACUUGUACGUUAGACCUUUGAGAAAUGGGGUAGGUUAAGGAAAACUUCAUCCCGUUAAUUAACCUUUUCAUACAAUGAUUGUAUUGAAUGCCUUGUAAACAUUUUUAUAAGACAUAAAUUAGUGAGGUUUGAAAUUAUGAUAUUCUAGUCUUUGUUGCUUUUGUCAUUAUUCUACAGAGUAUAUGU